UCAAAGAGAAAGCUUUUCAUGCCUACGCCACCUGUUAAGCCUCACAUACUGCCUCACGUGUAGUUAACAUGCAGCCGGCGACGUUGGUCCUGCUUCUAAGCAAAGUCCUGCUGAUCUUCUGUCAAGCGCAGUUCUAUCCUGAACUGAGAAGUGAUUUGCAACAGUUUCAGGACUCUAGCAAGUGUUUUCCCGACAUCGGAGAGUGGUACCAGAUAUAUCGAAAUUACUACUAUGAUCCGAACUAUGGCGGAACAGCGAAGUGCGUCAAAUAUACCCGAUACGGAGCGUACCAGAACUUCAGCACGCCGUCGAUGUUCACCUACGGCCAAGGUGAAGUUCAAUCAGUGAAGGGCGACCUAACGCUGACCUCGACGCCAUGUUACAUGAACAAAAACUAUCACACAUUCCAGCCCUAUAACAAGUCCGGCGACAUCGUUGAACAAAACUACCAAAUUAUUUAUGCGGACUGCAACAUCUGCUACAUACUUCGUCAUCCAUAUGCUGACAAUGGUUACGGUUGCACCUUGUGGCGACGAUUGUCGACAUUCCAACAGCCUGCCGACUGCUGCGACUUCAUCUACGCCGAGAACUGUGGUACGACGCCCAGGUACCAGAUAUACGAGCCAUCGUGUUCUCCGGGUCUGGGGUUGCCGGCAUCAUAGGAACACCUAUGACGACGGCUCUGACGCUUUUCACCACGCUUGUUAAUGGUUCGUUUCGGGCUAUAAGAUCCAUCUUGGCUUCUGUACCGUUUACUUGUUCAACGCCAACGCGGCGAAUGACGAAAUAAAAUGCCAUGUUCAUCGUGUCGAGGCACUUUAUUGCAA